AAGAAGAUGGCAGGAAUGACUCACAGAUCGCGAGGUAGUGACGAGAGAUCAUCUGGCAACAAUCUAGCAUGAACAGCGCGUUUAAAAAGCGCUGCCGAGUACAAAAGUCUGGCGACUCGGCAAUGACGUCACAAGUGCGCAGCGUGAGUAGGAGGAGUACGGAACAGGAACACAGUAUAAGAGGUUGCUGGAAGUUCUGCGCGAAUAUUAUAGUUGAAGACUUCAAGCAACGAAGGAAAUAUAGAGAAGAUCCUGCUAUGGCGGAACCAAAUACUUUAAAUGAAUUGAGGGAUCUGAUGCAGAUUGGAUUUGGUCGACGUUUUCCAAGACACGGCCUCAAGCUGCUUUACUGGUUUGCUAAUAACUGUGUGGAUUUUGAUGACAACAAUAUGAUGCGCUGGAAGAACGACCGAGCAAGAGGACGUUUUGGUUUCCACCUGUUCAUAAACAGAACUGAGGAUAACGAUGAGAGACUCCUGCCUGUUUUGAACCAUGGCUACAACUACUACGAGGUGGGCAAUCUGUGCAGACCAGGAGCAGAAUAUCUGCCAUAUUACGUUUGGGCAGAGCUCAACAACGACCUUGAUGGCGAUCAAAGCAACAUGGAGCGCAUCAUAUUCAGUGUUGUUGAUGAGCGUAUUGACAGAGUUUAUGUGACUGAGCACAUUAAUGAGUCAAAUUUCAACAGGGAAGCCACCUUCGAAAUCAGCAGUGGUCUGAUUGCAAUUAUCAAGCAGCUGACUUUAGAGGAGUUCCUCGAACAAAUUGAUGAUUAAUCGUCAAACAUUCAAUUGAGUGACCACCAGCAAGUGGACCCUCAUCUGAAUUCUGGAGGUUUAGGACCGGUCGUGGAAGAAGACGAUGAAGAAUCUGAUAACAGUUUUAUGAAUUAUGAACCUAAUAACUGCUUCAAAUGUAUCAUACAUUAAACUCUGUUAUAAAUGAGAAAUAUUUAAACUCAGACAAAGUGUAUAUGUAUUAACCCUCCUGCAGACCACCUGUUGUCUUUUCCUGCAUUCCUAUACAAAUUAGGAGCGCCGCGUCAACUUGACCUUGUCUGUUUUGACUGCUUAUAAAAAAUGAAGUAUAUAUGAUA